CCGAACCAUAGAAGGAAACUCCCAAAAGCAAUCUCUCAAACUUCUCAAGGCCCAUUAAACCAAAGAAAUCCAUCCUCUGCGAAUCCCAUUCCAUAAACUCCCCAGCAUCAAGAUGUCGAUGAUCCCAAGCAUCUUUGGCCGAAGAAACAACGUCUACGAUCCCUUCUCCCUCGACGUAUGGGACCCAUUUCAAGGCUUUCCUUUAAACUCCUCUCUCUUCCCAUCUCGCUCCGAUUUCGCUAGAGAAACUUCCCAAUUCGCAAAUACACAGAUAGAUUGGAAGGAGACUCCCGCAGCGCACAUCUUCAAAGCGGAUCUGCCGGGGCUGAAAAAGGAGGAAGUGAAGGUGGAGGUUGAAGAAGGGAGAGUGCUCCAGAUCAGCGGCGAGAGGAGCAAAGAGAAAAAAGAGAAGAACGACACGUGGCACCACGUCGAGAGGUCAAGUGGCAAGUUCAUGAGGCGGUUCAGGUUGCCGGAGAAUGCGAAGGUGGAGGAAGUGAAGGCAGCAAUGGAGAACGGAGUGUUGACUGUAACGGUUCCAAAAGAGGAGGUGAAGAAGCCCGAUGUGAAAUCCAUUGAAAUCUCUGGCUAAGAACAGAGAAGGGCAGAGUUGUAAAUAGUCCGUAGUCUGCGGAUGCUUUCGGUGGAUGUCUUUUGGUGCUGUUGGCUUGUUGUGUUAGAAUCGAGUGUGGUUCUGCGGACUACCUUUCAAUAAUAAAUAUACAUGUAAUUUUUUGGUAUUUGCUUUCUUAAGAGGUGAAGAAGUCUGGUUUGAGAUCUA